UUUCAUAUAAAUUAUACAAGGAUAAAUUGAUUUUUUUUUUAGAUGUGCAUAUAUACUACAGACACACCGGUAGCAUAUUUUUUUUCAUGUCUUUUGCUAUAUAUAUUGUGAAGAGAUUAAUUCGACAUAGUUAAGCGAAGAAGAAACAGUUAUUUAAAUACAGUUUUCUGAAUACAAUUAUUGUAAGAAAAUUGACAGUAAAACAUGGCAGUCAAAUUAAAAAUAAUAAAUAAUUGUUCUUCGACAUGCUAAUAAUUGAUCCUUGAUAAUUUCAUUUUACGCAUAUUCUAUGCUAAUGUAACGACAUCUGAAAUUCCUGAAGUCUGGAAAGUUUCUUACGGCGUAAUUGUCUUCAAUUGUGCUUCAAUAUCUCAGAGACACCGCGGGCAAAGUGAUGAAAUGAUCGUCACGCGAAAGUUCAUCGGAUGAGGAGAUUCGCUCAAAAUAAAAAAAAGAAAGAUCGAGAAGAAUCCUACCUUCUAUAAUGGUUACACCUAGAAACAACAGUUUCCCGGCGGCAGGCAUUGAACCUUUCACCUAUCACGGCAGCAAUAUUGCUUCUCGGCCAAUCCUUUCAUGUUCUAUGUUUUCUGUUACAGGCGAUGGUUGCGGGAAUAACAUGUUCAGGUGCAACGAUGGCAAAUGUAUACAGUCGAUCCUAGUGUGUGAUUACCGUGGGGACUGCGACGACAACAGCGAUGAAAUGCAAUCGUGUCCACCGCCCGAUUGUGAGAUUGGCCAGAUUACGUGUGGUCAAUAUAGUUUCAACAAAACAUACUGUAUUCCACCGCAUCAACGAUGUGAUAUGACUGUCGAUUGCGUUGAUGGCACUGACGAAGAUGGCUGUACCUACAGGAAGUGCCAGCCAGAUGACUUCAGAUGCGUUGGAACUACACCGGAACUUUGCAUACCCAAAGAAAAGAAGUGCGAUGGUUAUUUAGAUUGUCGGAACGGUAGAGACGAGGAGAGAUGUGAAAAUAACAUGAAACCAGCCUGUCGAUUGGAUCAAUUCAGGUGUAAUACCACGCAACGUUGCGUCGAACAGAGUGCAAGGUGCAAUCACUGGGAUGAUUGUGGUGACAACAGUGAUGAAGAACAUUGCAGUUUUCCGCCUUGCACUAGUGACCAAUUUCGGUGCGCCAAUGCGCUCUGCAUUCCCAUAGCAUAUCAAUGCGAUGGUUAUAAAGACUGCCAGGAUGGUUCCGACGAAAAGUCCUGCACCUUGACAGUUUGUCCAGGAAAUAAGUUUAUGUGCCCGAAAGGCGCAACGGAUGGUAAACCAUUAUGCAUCAACCGAUCUCAGUUAUGUGAUGAAAAACAGGACUGCGAGGACGGAGCGGACGAGGAAGCGGCAUGUUCGACGAGCAUGUGCGGUUCACUUGGGUGUCAACAUAAAUGUCAAGCGUCUCCCACGGGAGGGACUUGUUACUGCCCUGAAGGAAGAAUCCUUGCCAAUGAUUCACGUACCUGCGUUGAUCGAGAUGAGUGCUCCGAGUGGGGCUUCUGCGAACAGUUGUGUGAGAAUACGGAUGGCUGGUAUAUGUGUCAUUGCGCACCCGGUUACAUUCUUCACGGACAUAAUAAAUGUCGUGCUCAGAACAUUUCGGUUUUGGAGCUUUUGCUUGCGCAAGAUCGCGCAGUGUGGCGAUUGAGUGCGACUGGCGAAGACCGCAAGAUAAUCGCGAACACUACUGGUGCAAGCGGGAUAGAUUAUUUGUAUUCGCGAAAUCUGCUCUUUUGGAGCGAUAUGAAGACACGGAAAGUGCAUUCGGAGUCCCUCAAUCUCGGCGAUGAAACACCAGCUAAAGUUGACAUCAGUAUGGCAGGCUCUUGGGGACCUAUAUCCAUCGCAGUAGAUUGGAUCGGCGAUAAACUUUAUGUGGCAGAUUCCAUUGUACAAAAGGUAGACGUAUUCGAGUUAGAUGGACGAUAUCAUGGAAUUGUAGUAGGUUCCAAUCUCACCAGUCCGACCGAUAUCGCGCUGGAUCCCACGAAGGGUCUCAUGUUUAUCGCUGACAGCAAGCAAGUUUUACGCGCUAACAUGGAUGGUACCAAUGCGUUCCCCGUUGUCUCCGAAGCAGCCUAUAAAGUUUCCGGCGUGACUGUGGAUAUUAUUGCCAAGAGGAUCUAUUGGUGCGAUUCCUUAUUGGACUACAUUGAGACGGCGAAUUAUAGAGGUCAAAACAGAGUGAUGAUUCUUAGAGGGUCUCAAGUGCCAUCUCCAAUCAGACUCACUCUUUUCGAAAACAGGAUAUUCUGGACGGACGGCACUAAACAAGCUAUUAUGAGUGUUGACAAGACUCAAGGAGAUUAUUCCAUUCAAAAUGUAUUUAAAGUACGCGAUGCCAAAGCUAUAAAAGCCUUACAUUCACUCUUGCAACCCAGUGUCUCCAAUCCUUGCGGCAAUAAUAACGGUGGUUGUCAACACAUGUGCAUCGUUACGGCGUCUAGCGAUCAGAAUAAUCGAUUAGGCUAUCGUUGCGCUUGCCAUAUUGGCUGGCGAUUAGCAAGUGACAUGAGAAAUUGCAAUUUGGUGCAGGAGUUUCUUAUGUAUUCGCAGCAGAGGUUCAUCAAAGGUCGUGUACUCAAUCCUGUAAUGGAAGGUUUUAGCGAUGCUAUUCUGCCGGUAGUAUCUAGGCGGGCGCGAUUUGUUGGCUUAGACUACGAUGCACACGACCAAUAUAUUUAUUACAGUGAUGUUCUCCAAGACGUUAUAUACAGGAUACACCAAAACGCGACUGGACGUGAAAUUGUUCUGGCUAGUCAAAAUGAAGGAGUGGAAGGACUCGCAGUCGAUUGGGCCGCGAAAAACUUGUACUACAUCGAUUCACGUAAAGGAACAUUAAAUGUACUCAGCACUCGUAAUGUCACGUAUCGUCGUACGCUAUUGAAGAAUCUGAAGCGUCCUCGCGCGAUCGUGAUCCACCCGAAUCAAGGUUACAUUUUCUUUUCCGAAUGGGAUCGUCCAGCUAACAUAAGUAGAGCUCAUGCUGAUGGCUCUAAUCUAGUUGUCUUUAGAAACCUAACUUUGGGCUGGCCAAAUGGAUUGGCGAUUGACUUUAGCAAAGAUCGAUUAUACUGGUGUGACGCUCUUUUAGAUCACGUGCAGCACUCGAAUUUGGAUGGAACAGAUGUGCGAACGGUGAACUCCAGAUUAAUCCGACAUCCAUUUUCUAUUGCCAUUCAUGAAAAUUGGAUGUAUAUCACUGAUUGGCGUCUUGACGCCAUUAUUCGCCUGCAUAAAGAAACCGGCGAGCAAGAAGCUAUUUUAGUCCGUGAACCUGCUACCAAUAGACUUUAUGGCGUAAAAGUCUUCAGCCGUGACAUCCAAAAAACGGCAGCUAAUCAUCCUUGCAUCAUCAAUAAUGGUGGCUGUGAGAAACUUUGCUUUGCUAUUCCGGAUAAUUCUACGCAUUCUGAUACUAUUACGUUUCCUGGUAUGCAAUCCUUACCAAAACUCACGCAAAUAUGCGGAUGUCCUUAUGGAGAACGUCUUCAAAGCAACGGCAGGAGUUGUGCAGUCGAUCCUGAUGGGGAACCACCUUUGCAGGCUUGUCCACAUACUUGGGACUUUACUUGUGCAAACCAAAGAUGUGUCCCGAAAUCCUGGGUAUGUGAUGGUGAAAAUGAUUGUCUCGACAACAGUGAUGAAAUGCAAAAUUGUACAAAACCAACCUGCAGCGCAAAUGAAUUCCAAUGUAAAUCUGGUCGAUGCGUACCGAUGACGUUUCACUGCGACUCUGAAAACGAUUGUGGCGAUUACAGUGAUGAAAUGGGUUGCCCGAAUAUAACUUGCAGUGCUAACCAAUUUGCAUGCGCCAAUAACCGUUGCAUACCCGCAACUUGGAAAUGCGAUUCCGAGAACGAUUGUGGCGACAGCUCUGACGAGGGCGAGUUUUGCGCAGCGAAAACUUGUUCAUACUUUCAAUUUACCUGCCCACGUUCCGGUCACUGUAUACCGCAAUCUUGGGUAUGCGACGGGGACAGUGAUUGUUUCGAUCAACAGGACGAAAUGGAUUGUCCACCAGUUACUUGUCUUAGUACGCAAUUUACGUGCGCGGAUCAAAAAAUGUGUGUUUUAGCAUCGUACAAGUGUGACGGUAUUAGUGAUUGCAAUGAUGGAUCGGACGAAGUAGGCUGUCCAUCAUUGGCACCGGAUCAGUGUAAUACUGAUAAACAAUUUCAGUGUGUUAGUUCAGCUAUUUGCAUACCAAGAAGUUGGUAUUGUGACGGUACUGCGGAUUGCCCGGACAAGUCUGACGAACCGGAUUCAUGCGGAAAGGUUGACUGUCAGAAUGGAUUUUUCAGAUGCCGAAACGAGAAAUGUAUAUUCAAGGCGUAUAUCUGUGAUGGCAAGGACGAUUGCGGAGAUAAUUCCGAUGAAGAUACCGAGCUGCACGCAUGCGGCCCUCCUAUAUUCAAAUGCGAAGCCGAGCAUUGGAAAUGUCCAAACGUAACAAAUCGUUGCGUACAUAUUGACAAAGUAUGCGACGGUAAGCUGGAUUGUCCCAAUGGGGGAGACGAAGGACCCGGCUGUGAUCUCGGCGAGUGCAUGCAUCAGUUUGGAUUAUGUACCAAGGGUUGUAUGCAAACUCCGCUUGGCGCGCAGUGCUUUUGUCCAGGUGGCGAGGAACUUAAUAGUGAUGGCUUUACAUGUCAAGACAUGAAUGAGUGUGAGCCACAAGGAAAAUGUUCACAGAUCUGUGUGAAUACAAAGGGCAGCUAUUAUUGCAGCUGUGUAGAUGGUUACACAUUAGAUGCAGAUAAGCAUACGUGCAAGGCAUUCAAUCACAGUGCCGCGUUUUUGAUUAUCUCUAAUAGACAUACCAUUUUGGUGGCUGAUCUUCAGGACCAGGCAUUGGAACGAGUUCCUAUUAACGUAGAAAACGUUGUAGCAACUGCUAGUAAUAUGCAUACAGGUACUAUCUUCUGGUCAGACAUGAAAUUGAAGCGCAUCUCGCGAUUGGAUCGCGGUAGUGAUCCUCAAGAUAUUAUUAGUACCGGUUUAGAUUUGGUAGAAGGUCUUGCCUAUGACUGGAUUGGCCAGAAUUUAUAUUGGUUAGAUUCAAAACUUAAUACGAUCGAAGUAGCUAAAGAGACUGGAGUUGGAAGGAUGAUUCUCGUUAAAGAGAAUAUUACACAGCCACGUGGAAUGUGUUUGGAUCCCAGUCCAGGCGCGAGGUGGCUCUUUUGGACUGAUUGGGGUGAGAACCCUAGAAUUGAAAGAAUUGGAAUGGAUGGCACUAAUCGAUCAACUGUCAUCAGCACAAAAAUCUAUUGGCCUAAUGGUCUGGCUCUAGAUAUCGCAAAUCGUAGGAUAUAUUUUGCAGACAGCAAGCUAGAUUUUAUUGAUACUUGUCUCUAUGAUGGUAGCAAGAGACUUCAAGUUUUAGCCAGUUCACACUAUCUUUUACAUCCUCAUUCGCUUACUCUUUUCGAAGAUACUAUGUAUUGGACUGAUAGGCAACUCAAUAGAGUACUCUCUGCACACAAAUUUAAGGGCUCUAAUCAAACAGUUGUUUCGCAUCUAAUCUCACAGCCUCUUUCUAUACAUGUCCAUCAUCCAGUAUUACAGCCGAUUACUGCGAAUCCUUGCGCUAAUGCAUCUUGCGAACAUCUUUGUCUUUUAUCGCCCAGUAAUCCAAAAGGGUACAACUGCAAAUGUCAGAUUGGAUUUAAAUUGUUAUUUGAUGGACGUUGUAUGGAAGAAGAGAUGCCAUAUUUAAUGGUUCUCCGAGGAUCUCAGAUCAUCGAUGUUUCUUUAACACCUGGAGAAAGUAAGACUGGAUACAUUACGCCUAUUGUAGGCGUGGAAGGCGGAAGAUUUAUUGAAUAUGACAAAAGAGACCGUAUUAUUUACUGGUUACAAGGUAAAGAUAGUGACAACGAAAAUGGCACAAUUUAUACUAUUUCCUAUAACGGUGGUAAUCGGACAGAGUUUCCAAAUCCUACUGGCGAUACUGGUAUUGUCGGUUCACCAUCCACGAUGGCAUUGGAUUGGCUUGGACGCAAUCUAUUUAUUGGCAAUAAAUUCGCAUCCAAUAUUGAGGCCAUCAAAUUAGAUGGAAAGACGCGAUAUCGCACAAUCGUUUUGUCGAACGAUGGAAAUCGAUCAUCAGUAUCUAAACCAAAGGCAAUGUGUGUGGACCCUAUUGACGGACAAGUGUUUUGGGUAGACGAAGGAGGUUUUGGAGUGCCCCAAAAAAUCGGGCGAGUAAAUAUGGAUGGUAGCAAUCCGUUAGUUCUUGCAGAGAAUCUAGAACGUCCUGAAGCAAUCACCAUCGAUAUACCUAGCAAGACGCUAUACUUUUCCUGUCAGAAUCCGGCUUUCAUCAAAGCCAUGUCAACGGAUGGUUUGAAUGUCCGCACCAUUCUCACUGCAGCAAAUAAUAUGGCAUUGCCUAAAGCAAUAGCUGUUCAUGAGUCUCGUUUAUACUAUUUGGAUCCACUUUAUGAUAAAAUUGAGCGUGUUGACUUGCCUAAUGGCGAUAAUCCAGUCACUAUUAUUGAUAAUGAUUCUGAGCUUCGUACUUUAACCAUUUAUAAAAAACGUGCAACUGGGUCUCAUCCUUGCCUUAUAAAUAAUGGUGAUUGCGAACAGCUUUGCUUACCUGCGUCUGGAGGUACACGCAUUUGUGCUUGCGGAAUGGAAUACAAGAAAGUCACCGAAACUAGAUGUGAACCUUACAAAACUUUUGCGGUGGUAACUCAGUUGGAUGUUGCCAGAGGUUACAGUCUUAAAGAUUCUAAAGAAGCUAUGAUACCCAUUGCCGGAGUUGGUCAUCAUAUCCUUCAUGUGGACGUACAUUAUGCAGAUAAUUGGAUUUAUUGGGUGGAAUUCAAUCGAGGCAUUUGGAAUGGUAUCUUUAGAAUACGACCCAACGGUACAGAAUUGCAACAAAUAGUUAAACAAGGAAUCGGUUCCAAUGGAAUCCGUGGUCUGGCUGUGGAUUGGAUUGCAGGAAACUUGUACUUUGCCAAUGUUUUUCCUCAUGACAACUACGUAGAAGUUUGUUGGUUGGAUGGUUCCAAUCGAAAAGUGCUUGUGAAAACAACAACAGAUGCGCCUCGAGAGUUGGCUGUGAAUCCUAUAAAACGAUACUUAUAUUGGAUCGAUUAUGGACAAUAUCCUCGAAUAGGCAAGGCCUUCCUCGACGGUAGCAAUUGGUCUCCUAUUGUGACAUCCGGUAUUAGCACACCACGUGAUCUAACGAUUGAUCUUACAACACACGAUGUUUAUUGGGUAGAUUCAAAAUUGGAUACUAUCCAAAAAGUAUCCUACACCGGUGGAAAUCGAGAAAUCAUCCGCAGAAAUCUUCCGAAUCCAAUGGGCGUUGCCAUUUUCGGCGGAGACGUCUAUUGGGUAGAUCGAAAUUUGGCCACUGUUUUUAAGGCGAGCAAACUAAAAGGCAAUACUAGCCUUCCUAUUCCCGUAAGAACAAAUCUUCAAAAGCUUAGGGACAUCGCUAUCUUUGAUCAAAACAGUCAGCUACCGGAUCCCACAAAUCCUUGUUCGCAGGUGACAAAUGGUGGAUGCUCUCAAUUGUGCUUUGCUUAUCCGAAAGACAAUCCUAAAUCAUUUACCUGCGAUUGUGCAAUGGGUAAACUCUCUUCCGAUAGUCGUACUUGCGAAAAUGUUGAAGAAUACUUGAUAUUUGCCACACGAACUGAGAUUCGCGCCAUUAAUAUAGAUCCACGUAAUACUAAUGUACCCUUCGCACCUGUUGGAAAUCUAACGAAUGUGGUCGGAGUAGAUUUUGAUUAUCAAGAUAAGAAACUGUUGUUCACUCAGAUUCGCCCAUGGGCGAAAAUUGCAUGGACACCAUCAGAUCGACCAUCUUCUUCCGAUUUGCACACGUUAAUUAGUAAAGGGAUUAAUCCCGAAGGUAUUUCGUAUGACUGGACUCAGAAGAAGGUAUACUGGACAGAUUCAUCUAAUAACAGCAUCUACGCAAUGGAUAUUGAUGGGUCUAAUUUGGUGAUGAUUGCACGUGUGGAUCGUCCACGCGCUAUCGUCGUUGAUCCCUGCAACGGCUCGCUUUACUUCACGGAUUGGGGUCGUUUCGGGACAUCCGGGAAAAUCUUUAAAACCACUAUGGCGGGAUCUCUAAAACGCGCUAUUAUCGACAAAGACCUUUCGCAACCCAGUGGUUUGGCAAUUGAUUACGAAGAUCGGAUGUUGUAUUGGACUGAUGCUGUGCGCGAAAAAAUCGAACGGUCUGAUCUUGAGGGGAAGAAUAGGGAAGUUUUGGUUAGCGCUACUAUUUAUCCCUUCGCUAUUACUGUCUUCAGGGAGCAUAUUUAUUGGACAGAUCUUCAACUUCGUGGAGUUUAUCGAGCGGAGAAAUACACUGGAGCUGACAAGAUCGAAUUGGUGAAACGAUUGGAGGACUCACCUCGAGAUCUUCAUAUCUUUUCUGCGGCCAGACAGCAAUGUUCUGUUAAUCCUUGCAACAUUAAUAAUGGCGGUUGUGACCAAUCUUGCCAUCCAAGCCACAAUGGAUCCGCGGAGUGCAAAUGCGAUGAUAAUAGCAGGCUGGUAAACGAAGACAGAAUGUGCGUACCAAAAAAUGUCACUUGUGACGCAAACAAAUUUGCCUGUAGAAAUGGCAGAUGCAUCUCUAGAAUGUGGGCGUGCGACGGUGAUGAUGAUUGCGGCGACGGGUCUGACGAAGACACAAGUUAUUGCUCUUAUCAUUCGUGCAGUCCGAAUGAAUUCCGUUGCAACAAUGGUCGGUGUAUCUUUAAAACAUGGAAGUGCGACCACGAGAACGACUGUCGAGACGGUAGCGAUGAGGAAGGCUGCGUAUAUCCGCCCUGUGCAUCAGGAGAAUUUACUUGCGCUAACUUCCGUUGCAUUCCGCAAUCUCAGGUGUGCAAUGGCAUUAAUGACUGCAAAGACAAUGUCACUUCCGACGAAACGCAUGAACGAUGCCCUCGCAAUACUACAUGUCCAUUGAAUCAUCUCAAAUGUGAAAAAACAAACAUUUGUGUGGAGCCUUAUUGGCUUUGCGACGGCGACAACGAUUGUGGUGAUAAUAGUGAUGAGAAUCCUGUUCAUUGCGCUCAAAGAACUUGCCCUCAGAAUAGUUUCCGAUGUCCCAAUCAUAGAUGUAUUCCAGCCACUUGGUAUUGCGAUGGAGACGAUGACUGUCUAGAUGGAAGCGACGAGCCUCCUGGUUAUUGUCAAUCUGAAGGUCGAACAUGCUUCGGCGAUUUGUUCACAUGUGAUAAUGGUAACUGCAUUCCUAGAAUCUACAUCUGUGAUGGGGACAAUGAUUGCCUGGAUAAUUCUGAUGAAGAUGAACGUCAUCAAUGCAAUGACAGGAAAUGUGACGAAGAAACGGAGUUUACUUGUACCGCGAAUAAAAUAUGGAAUCGUGCUCAAUGCAUUCCGAAGAAGUGGCUAUGCGACGGAGAUCCGGACUGCGUCGAUGGAGCCGAUGAAAAUGUAACUCUGCAUCACUGUCCAGAGCCAACUCCUUGCGCCGACAAUCAAUUUACAUGUAACAAUGGACGGUGUCUGAACCGCAGCUGGUUAUGCGACCACGAUAAUGAUUGCGGCGACGGUAGCGACGAGGGCAAGUUUUGUAAUUCUCAGUAUAAACCUUGUAACAGCCAAGAAUUUACUUGUCAAAAUUCUAAAUGUAUACGCAAACAAUUCCGCUGUGAUGGGCAAGACGAUUGCGGCGAUCAUUCGGACGAAGUGGGAUGUCCAUCUAAAGGGAAAAACACGACAUGUCCGAAUCCAAAGGACUUUAUGUGUGCGAACGGCAACUGUAUUGAUUCGCAGUUGGUGUGCAACAAGGAGCCUGAUUGCGCUGACGAGAGCGACGAGCCGUUGCACUGUAACGUGGAUGAGUGCGCCCGUGUCGAGUUGAAUCAAUGCGGACACAAAUGUGUGGACACACCGACCAGCUUCUAUUGCGAGUGCAACCCUGGCUAUAAACUGCUGGCCGAUGGCAAGGCCUGUGACGAUAUUGAUGAGUGCAUCGAGACGCCUCAAGUGUGCAGCCAACAAUGUGAAAACACACCUGGCGGCUACUAUUGCAAGUGUAACGAACGUUGGUACGAGAGAGAGGCUGACGAACAUACGUGCAAGCGAAGAGACAAUAUUCAACCAUGGAUUAUAUUUACGAAUAAGUAUUACGUUAGAAAUAUGUCGACCGACGCAUCCAAUUAUAGCUUGAUGCAUCAGGAUCUGAUUAACGUUGUUGCACUUGAUGCGGAUUAUGGCCAACAGAUGUUAUACUUUUGCGAUGUUACCGCGAAAACAAUAUACAGAGCACCAGUGAAUGGUGGCGAGAGAGAACCUAUCAUCCGUCACGACAGUUUGGGUCUCGAAGGAAUCGCUAUCGAUUGGAUUGGUCGGAAAUUGUAUUGGUUAGAUCGUCACGCAAAGCAUUUGGACGUUGCCGAACUUGAUGGCACAAAUCGAAAAACUUUGCAGAAUGGAAUAGCGGAUCCGCGUGCAAUCGCGGUUCAUCCCGGUACCGGAUAUCUAUAUUUUACAUCUUGGCAUCUUCAGGCGUACAUCGGUAAAAUAGGCAUGGAUGGCAGUAAUUUCACUCGAAUUUUGACGUGGGAAGACGAUAUCGCCUGGCCGAACGCUCUGACGAUCGAUUAUUUUACUGAUCGUAUCUUCUGGGCUGAUGCUCAUCUAGAUUAUAUCGCCUUUGCCGAUCUCGAAGGUCACAAUCGUCGGAUUGUUUUAUCUGGUGCUUCAGUCCCGCACGUGUUUGCCAUCACUGUGUUCGACGAUUUCAUUUAUUGGACCGAUUGGAAUCUAAAAGCGAUUAGCAGGGCGGAAAAGUUCUCCGGUGCUCGCCUACAAGUGCUUCGCAAUACCACCCAUCGACCCUAUGACAUCCACGCAUAUCAUCCUCUUCGGCAGUUGCCUUAUAACAAUCCCUGUGCGGAGAACAAUGGCGGUUGUUCACAUCUCUGUCUAAUCGCACCGCCUGCUAGUUCAUAUUUGCUCGAGGGAUACGGCCAGCCUGGAGUCACCUCUUAUAAAUGCAAAUGCCCAAAUCAGUUCAUUUUGGACAAAGAUGGUAAAACGUGUAUAGCAAACUGCACUACAGGUCAGCAUCGUUGUGGACCACCUGACGAAAAAUGCAUUCCCUGGUAUUGGAGGUGCGAUGGAGAAAAAGAUUGUAAAGAUGGUUCUGAUGAGUCAUCAAGCUGUCCAACGAGGAUUUGUCGGCCAAGCAUGUUUCAAUGCGCGAAUGGUAAUUGUACGCUGAGCGUUACAAUUUGCGACGGAGCCGACGAUUGUGGUGACAAAAGCGACGAAGCUAAAUGCGCACUCGAGUGCGGGGAACUCGAGUUCAAGUGUAAAUCCAAUGGUCGUUGUAUACAUGAUUCCUGGAAAUGCGAUGGAGAUGCUGAUUGUAAAGAUGGCAGCGAUGAAGAUCCUUCUAUUUGUCACAAUCGUACCUGCGAUCCAAGCACCGAAUUUAGUUGUAAAAAUGGCAAGUGCAUUCCGAAGUUAUGGAUGUGCGACUCUGAUAAUGACUGCGGUGAUGAUAGUGACGAGCCAGCGUAUAUGUGUCGCCAAAGAAAUUGUACGACCGGAUGGCAAAGAUGUCCAGGACAUGCGAAUUAUCGAUGCAUACCAAAAUGGCUGUUUUGCGAUGGCAAGGAUGAUUGCCGUGACGGUUCCGACGAACGUCCGGAAAAUUGUCCGAAGUGUGAUUUCAACAUGGACUUUAAGUGUAACAAUAAUCGAUGUGUACCGAAACAGUGGCUUUGCGAUUUUGCUGAUGAUUGUGGAGAUGGCAGCGACGAGGCUGGCACGAUGUGUAAGGACAAGUAUCGUCAAUGUUCCGAGUCUGAAUUCAAAUGCAGAAACGGCAAAUGUAUCGCAUCCAGAUGGAGAUGCGACAACGAGGACGAUUGUGGCGAUAACAGCGACGAGAAGCAAUGCCAUCAAUGGACAUGCAAAAACGAAAGCUUCCAAUGUGCUAGCGGACAUUGCAUCGCGUCGUAUCUUCGUUGUGACGGUGCGCGAGACUGCCGUGAUAUGAGCGACGAGAUCAAUUGCCCACCGAGAUAUCCUGGAGGAAAAUAUUGUCCGCAAUCACGAUUCCAAUGUAAUAAUAACCUUUGCGUUUCGUUGAAUGACAUCUGUGAUGGUACCGACGACUGUGGUGACAAUUCCGACGAGAGUCCUACUAUGUGUGCAAACUUUCAGUGUGAUACACACAGACGAUUCCAGUGCGCCAAUCACAAGUGUAUUGCUAGGUAUCAAUUAUGCGACGGGAUCGACAAUUGUGGCGAUGGUUCUGACGAGAAUAAUAUGACAAUGUGUGUGAAGCAGACUCGUUCAUGUGAUCCGAUUUCAGAAUAUACCUGUGCGAACAAGAAAUGCAUCGACCGUUUGAAACUUUGUGAUCUCGCGGAUGAUUGCGAGGAUUUGUCAGAUGAGUUGGGAUGCCAUCACAGUCAUCAUUGUUCAGAUAAUGACCGUGGCGGUUGUGCGCACGAGUGUCAUAAUCUCAUUGAUGGCGGUUAUAUUUGCGGCUGCUAUCCCGGUUACAUAAUCUCGCAGGAUAAUCGGAAGCACUGUAUAGACAUCGACGAGUGUCAAACGGGUCAGCAUCAAUGCUCUCACAUCUGCACGAACUUAAACGGCACAUACGCCUGCUCCUGCCGCCAAGGUUUCCAAUUAUCAGAUAGACACAGUGGUGUCUGUCGAACUAAAGAUGAUAAUAUUGUUCUGCUAUUUGCUAACGGACCUGAACUCAGAGCUUAUGAUCUGCGCACGAGAGAAGAAAUGGACGUCAUAGAUAAUGAGAAGAGGAUACAAGCCAUUGAUUUCGAUCCUAGAUCGGAAUAUAUUUUCUGGAUUGACUCAUAUGAUAAUACUAUCAAACGGUCCUAUAUGAUAAACGCUAAAAAAGGCGAAGCAAAGAUUGGACAUGCGCAAGAUCUCAAUAUGAGAACUGACUCUAGGCCAACAAGUUUAGCAAUAGAUUGGAUAUCUGGCAAUUUAUAUUGGAGCGAAAUUGAUCAAUCAGGAAUUACUCCUCGUGGUCAAAUUGUCGUGUCCAAAUCGGAUGGUAGAUAUCGGCGUAGUAUUAUUACAUCAAAUCUCGAACAACCAACAGCAGUGGUCGUUGAUCCUGAACGAGGAGAGGUUAUAUGGGCUGACUCGGGUAAUCAACCAAAGAUUGAGAUAGCCUGGAUGGAUGGUGCUAGACGUAAAUCACUUGUGACAGAACGAAUUGCUAGUCCUUCGUCGCUUACUAUUGAUUAUGCUAUGGAGCAUACGCUUUAUUGGUCCGACAGCAAAUUGGACACUAUUGAGGCUAUUAAUUUGGUUGGUACCAACAGAAGAAUAGUUUUGAAGGGCAGACCACUUAGAAAUCCAAUAGCAUUGGAUGUUUUCGAGAACAACCUUUAUUGGACUACUAAACAAACAGGUGAACUUAUUCGACAAGAUAAAUUUGGCAGAGGAGUCCCGCAAACUAUCAUUAAGAAUCUUCCUAGUCCUGGAGGUAUCAGAGUCUAUCAUCAGCUGAGAUACAAUACCAGCCUCAGAGAUCCAUGCCAUAACGAUCAAUGUACUCAUCUGUGCGUAACAAUUCCUGGCGGCCACCGUUGUCUUUGCUCAGAUAGCGUUGGCCCUCUUCAACGUCUGAUGAGAGAUGAUAAUGAGAGACAUUGCGAUGCUACUAACGAAAGGCCUCUACCGGCGCCCAGAAUAUGUCGUUGCCAGAACGGCGGACGAUGUCAAGAAUUAGAUGAUAAGCUGGCAUGCAAUUGUCACGAAGGAUUCCGCGGUGAAUUCUGUGAAACGGCGGCAGUUGCCGCUCGAGCAAAUGGAUCUACCGCAGCUAUAGUUAUUCCUAUAGUCAUAUGUUUGUUGGUGUUGUUCUGUGCUGCCGCGAUUUUCAUGGUUCUCAAAAAGCGACCAUUUGGCAAGCCUGGUGGCCUUGGCAGUCUCACAGGUGCUCAAAGCGUUUCCUUCCGACAAGGCAGCAAUGUAGAGUUUGGUGCAGAAGCUCAUGAAAGGAUGGAACCUCUUGACGUGGAAUACAACUUGAACGAUGUUACUGUUAAUAAGAAUCGAGACUUCAGCAAUCCCAUGUACGACGCGGUAAAUAUGGAGAGCGGCGCUACAAACGGCACUGGCGCCGGUAAUAUGUACGAGGUACCGGCGGAAAUGAAACCUUCUAGUAUACAACACAAAGAACCCCCGCAACUGCAUCUAAAAAGGAGAGAACUAGAUCCUACACCCAUUGAUUCAGGAAAGGAUACCCAACAACUGGUCGAAGAGGACAAGUCCGAGUGCUAGGGUUAUAAUCUCUCUCUAUUUAAGAAUUCCUUCAAAUCUGUUGUGUUUCGAACUUGAAAUGCAGGAUGGAAAUAUUUUAUGAGUUUGCGAAGAAUACAUAGGGACAUAAACGUAAAUUAGUUUACUACUUCUACGUAAACAGUGCGGAUUAUUUUCGUAACUGGUCGGUAUUUAUUAAGCUAUUCGUAUGAGAUGUUUUUAACAGAUGAUGAUUAAUUUAAGUCUCUAUCUAGUGAUCCACAAAUAUGAGAAUAUUGGGAUCUCUUUCUGGAAGAAUAGAAGAAUCAGGCAAGAAAAGAUUUCUGAAAAGGAAAGAAUAUUAUAAAUAGUUAUGGAGAGAAAAAAAAAAGAAUCUUAGAUGCAUGAGUUCAUAACAGAAUUUCGACGAUAAAAUCUUCAAAUAAUUGGGUGUUUGAAUUCAGAAAUCUUUAUGUUUUAUAUUUUUUCUCGAUUUUUAAUAAGGAUUUUAAAUAAAGAGAUUUUUAAAUAUUUUUAACAUAAGCAAUUUCCUUCUCUGACAGUUAUAAAUUUAAAACUUUGUAUAUCCUUGCAUCUAAGAAACUCAAUGUGUUUAGAUUUUUAACUUGCCAAAUCCUCAGAUUUAUGAAAAUUUCUAAUCAUAGAUUCUCAUAAAUCUUCAGAUUCUUUGAACCAGGAAUUGUGAAUUGGCUUUAGAAUCUUGAAAUUUUGGAAAUUGCGAAAUGAUUGUCAGACAACAAAACAAUCAUCAGAUGAAUCGAUAACAUCGAUUUCACGGAGAGGAUAGGGCGUAAGCGAAUUGCAAUAGGCACAAUUGUGUCACUUUUUAUUAGAUGUGUGAUUUAUAAAUCUUGUAAAUAUAAUUACUAACAAAGU